CAAGCAUGGUGGUGAUAGGAAGAAGCUAACAGAAAAAUACAAAUGCGACAAAGUUGAUAAAAUUUGUGUUUUUGUUGCUUUUUUUGCAAACAUGACUUCAAAGGACUCUGGCAUUUCUGAGCAUGCGCUGACUGAUCUGAUUUAUCGGCAUUUAAAGGAGAAAGGAUACAAGAAAGCCGCCAGCGCGCUCAAAAAGCAUGCUCCUCAGGUAGAAUCUACGAAUGUGAAAGUGUCACUUGAUGAUAUAUUCAAAAGAUGGAUGAGUGAGAAAUGGGAACAGAAGUGCAGUGAAGGAACAUGUUCAGAGUCAGCCACAAGUGCAGCAUGCAACACCAGUUCUGGGAAGAAGGUGAAAUCCCAGACAUCAUCUGCAGCCAGAAAUCAGAAAAAGAAAAGAACUGAAAUGAAGACGUGUAAAACUUCCAGUGGUGCGGAAAUUCAGAAAACAGAGCAGAGCUCUACAAGUCGAACAACAGGGGAAGACUCAGACUCGGACUCCAGUCUUGAUUUUGAGAAAUGGAAGAGACUGGCUUUACAGUUAUCAGAUGCUGAUAUUGCAAAAAUGGAUGUUUUGACAUCUACUGCAAGUUCCACAAAGAAGCGAAAGCCAGCACAACGUAAAAGAAAACAAGACCAAACAAUAAAAAGCAACAAAGCUUCAGCCAAGAAAUCUAAAGUUAAAACCACCACCAGCAGCAGCACAAAAACUGACAAAGUUGGAAGUCCCUUAAAACCAGCAGCUUUAAGCAUUUGUGAAUCAGACAAAGUUCAGUCUUCAUCUAAUACAGCCGUCUUUACAGAACCUAAAGUAAAGAGUCCUGAAGGUAAAAUGACUACCAGUCUUUCAGAUCAAGCGAUGACCCCUAAGACAGGUGUAAGUAAUGGAUUUUCAGAGAGUGAAAAAAUUACUGUUAAACGCAAAAAAAAACAUAGCAUCUCAGAAUCUGAGAAAACGGAUGAUAACUCAGACCCCAAUGCAAUAGAUACACCAUGUAAGAAAACAAAAUCAAAGAAACAUGCCAAACCUGGAAGUUUAGAAACUCCUUCUAGGGUUACCGAUCCUGAAGCCACUGUUCAAAAAUCUCACUGUGAUCUAGAUUCAACUGAACUUUCCGAAUCUCACAGGUCAAAACAAACAGGCAAUACUAAAACUAAAAAGGAUAAAUCUAAAAAAGAUAAAAUUGUGGCACCUGUUCAUGUGGACAUUCCUAUACAAACAGACACAGAGGAUGCCACUGGCUCCCUAACAUCAGACGAGUCAAAAAUACAUCAGAUUUCAGAUGUUAACUCGGCUCAGACUUCCCCCAAGAAAGCUAAGAAAUCUAAGAAAUCUAAAAAAUCUAAAGAACUUAAAGAAGCUGAAGAUGUGGCCAUGCCUUCUGCAGAAUGUCAGCUCGAGAAGAACCACUCCAAGCCUCAACAGGCAGAGUCCCUAUCAACAAGUGUUGUGGAGUCGGAUUCAGUUGAGAAACGAUCUAAGAAAGCUAAGAAAAGUUUAUUUAAGUCAAAUGGAACCGAAAAGCCGUCUGAGAAAAUAGAAAUUCAAGCUUCGACUGCCGUUUUAGAACCAUUCAAUUCAGAAACUCCAUCUAAAAAGACUAAAACCAAGAAAGCUUUAGAAGCCAAACAGGAUGAUUCUCCAUCUAAAAAGGCAGUUGUGGAGGAAGGGGGAAAAGGUGAGGCCACACAAAGCAGUUCUUUAAUAUUAGAUCCUACUGGCAGCCUUGUCAAAAAGAAGAAAAGAAAGAGGGCUGAAAGCUCUGGGGAAAACGUGCCUUCUUCAGUAACUGAACAUGUCUCUAAAUCAUCAACUGAAUUAAAAAAUUCAGAAGCAGACAGUGGUCUCAUACUUGAAAAUCAAGGCCAAGAAAGUUCUUCAGUGGCGGAGGAAGGAAAUCCAGAGCCAAAGAAGAAAAAGAAAAAGAAAAAAGAUAAGGAGAUGAACAAAAAUGAUGAUAAUGUUGAAGAGGUUGCACCAGCACCAACACCACCAGAGGAAUCACUGCCAAGCAGUCAGAAGAAAAAAAAGAAGAAAAAAGAAAAACAUAGAGAUGAGGAGAUGCUGUGCGUGUCCACUCCUGCUUCUGAAGAAGUCUCACCAAAAAAGAAAAAGAAAUCGUCAGAAAAAGGAGAAGAAACAUGCUGAUCUGUCAAAACAGGGACUAAUUUAAAAUGAAGACCUGAUUCAGCCUCGGAAAAAGAUGGACAAAAUUAGAAAUAAUGUUAUCAAAAAAUAUUGUAAAUUCCAUCCUGUAUUUGUUUAUGGUGAAGGUUUGUGAUUUCUGCAGAGGCCAAGUUUGUGAAGUAUUUUAUUGUUUCAUGUCAACUUCAUUUUAAAUACCAGUUUUUAUAUAAAGGUGCCUUUUUAAUAUGUAAGAUGAAAGUUUUGCCAUGCGUUGACACUGUUUUUUUUUUUUUUAUUAGAAAAAUGAUCAUGGAAACGUUUAAGCAAUUCUUUAAUGAUAAAUAAUCAGACUAUAUUAAAUAUAAAUGACCUGUUCCGAUGCAUGUUACUGUACAUGUGUUCUAUAUUUUUAUAAAGUUCAUACUUUAUUCAUACUUUACAAAAAUUUGUGUUCUUGUAUGAUUUCAUUCAUGCUGAUUUCAGAGUGUUAAUCCCAAACCAUUACAGUUCACGGCAUUCUUGAAGUUGACUGACUAGGAUGAGCUUUCAAUUAGUCACAAAAAAUGUUCUCCAAAUCAGUGUAGUUGUGACAUGCAACCUUUUUACAAGCAAAAUACUUGAAUAGCUCAACUUAAUUACAAGCGUCAAUGUACAGUGUGACGAUUUAUUUCUUUACAUGUGAUGAAUAAUAAAAGAGCUGCAUACGUAGAUCAGGAUUUCAGUUAUAUUACAGUAGAUGUAAGCCUGUAACUGCAGUGUAAUUUUGUAAUGAACGUAUAGGUAGUAAAAAUUGCAGAGACACAAACUUUUAGUUAGCGCUUGUCCACACUAUCAUUUAAGUAAUAGGGAAGUUGAAAGAAACUAAAUCAUUUAUUCAGUCCAUAUGUAAAAAAAAGACCAAGGAAUUAUUGUCACUAACUAAAGAAAAAAUCUCCACUCCUAAAAAAAAAAAGGCAAAUUAUUGGUCAAAGAUUUGAAAUUACCGGAACUGUAUAGUGAUUUGUUGAUUUGUGAAGGAUAGUGCUGAACCAUCAACUUUCUGGAAGAAAUGUGGUUGGAGUAAACCAUGACUGGAGAUCACUUAAACACUUGAGGUUGCAUCAACAGUAAAAACCAUAGCUGUGUUUAAUUGUGAAAGUAAGAGCAUUUCCAUACACACACAAUGUGAUGAGAACUCUCAGGAUUGGAACUAAACAGUUUUGGUGCCCUAAGAAAACAACUUGUAGUGAGAAAACAUGUCUUAUGUUUGAUACAAAAAUAAAGAUUGGAUUUUGGAGCAAUGGAAAAAGGUCAUGUGAUUUUAAGUUCAGAUUGAUCCUUUUUUAGAGCUAUAGGUGUCACGUGUCACGAAAGAAAGCAGCGCAUGAAGUGAUGUGUGCAUAGUGACCACUGUACAAGCCGGUGGAGGCAGUGUUAAGAGCUAGGGUUGCUUCAGUUGGUCAGGUCUAGACUCAGCAACGUUGUGUGGCAGCUAACGACGUAAAUGUACUGAAUGACCAGAUCAUAUAAAUAAAGUUUUCCUACUCUUAUGGCACAGACAUAAAUCAGGAUGCAGACUAUGAAAAAGUUGUGCUGCGAGCGUGAGGAAUUAUUUUCACACUAGAACUUUCGAAAAAAGUACUGUUAUGGGACAAUAGGUAAAGACUGAAUGGUGUGAUGUGGCCCUACAGAAAGUAGAGUUACCCUUACUACCUAAACAUGGCAUUGUUUUCCCACAGGGUUUUAUGAAGUCAUUAACAUUAGAUACCUUUAUAUAUUUAUUUAUAUUUUUAUGUUUAUUAAACAAUACAGCUUACUUAAAAAAAAUUGGUCACAGUCAAUUCCCAACAGUCUCUCUGUUAGGGCUCUCUCCCAUCAAAGUCACAAGUAUCAACCAGGUCGGGUAAAAACUGCUGCUCAUGCAGUGAUGGGGACAGCGUAAUGCGCUCAGAGGAAAGCGCUAUCCGCCCCUUCCACUUGCAUGAGCUUACAGAGACAUGAUGGGCUAGCUAGAAACUGUUGAGCUUGUCUGUGCAGAUGAUUUCCUGUUACAGACAAUUCUCACAAAAAAGUUUGGAAUCCUACCAAAAAUAUUUAACAUUUAUCUCUAUCUGAUUAUAGAAUGAGCAGUUCUUAUAGAAAACUAAUCUAUUAGUAUGUGUGCAUUAGUAUAUAUCUGUGAGGUAAAUUACACAGCACCAUUGUCAGUAUGUAGGGCUACUAUAGAAAACGAAUUAGUGCGUUUUGACCAAUCACACUAAAGAAUUUGGCAGCACUGUGGUAUAACUUACUUUAAUGUAUAGCUAUAUACUAUUUUAUGUCAUCAUCCAGUCAUUCUGACACAGUCGAUUAUACACAGUAUUAGUAUUUAAUUUGCUGUUUCUCAAGUUUACUGUUCGCUAGUGCUUGUUAAAGCAUGACACUUUACUAGAAAGAAUUACCCAUUUACCACAUACAGUCAAUUUUCUUAGAAUCCUAAAAUAAUUCACAUAUGUAGUUAGACCCAUAUCAGGCAAAAAUUUACAAAUUAGUUAUUAUUAAGAGUGAGUAGGGGAAUCAAGGCUCGAUCAACACACAAGCAAUAAAUGGAAAUAAAAUUUUAUUUUCCGCUUAGCGAUUUCUGAUGGCAGAGUAGAUGAUUCAUCAUUUCUUUAAAUGUUCCCAUACGGAAAUGGAAUGUAUUAUACACCAACCUAGCCGACCUAAAUCCUCUUAUGACUAAAUCGUCAGGACAAAUGUGAGUGAAAAUAAAACCAUUUAGGGGAAGAAGGGUAAUCAACUAACUAUGGUUGCAUGCCACACAACCACAGAGUUGUUUACAUCAACAGUGUGUAGAUUAUUAACACAUACCCAGUCCCUCACUGAUAGAAUUAUUUAUGAGCGUUGGAUGCAUGUACAGUAAAAUAGGACAGUGAGACCAGAGCAUCAUCUCGGUUGAUAAGUUCAGACGUAAAUGUUUGUGUAUGGAAACAAAACACGUCACAUUCGUAUUGAGGUUUUUCCAGGCACUGAUAUUAGUGCGUAUGCACAUGUGUGGGCUUUCUGCCAUUGAGGUGAAAAGUGCUUCCGUUGUAUGUUUCUUUCUAUAAACUGAGCACCCCUAUUCGCUCAUUACAAACAAAUUCUUGUUUGUUAAAAAACCCACCCAGACAAUAUACAUGAAUAUUCUUUUAGAACCUCCAAAUAUGUCCACAGGGAUGCCUAUUUGGUAUACAACACAUGAAGUAUGAGGGGACUCCCCUGCUGAGCACUGAAAAGCGCUUAGGGUAGUGAAUAGUUGGUCUUCUAGCAGUGGUUGAUAAUUGUUUCCAUAGCUAAGGGAAGUUUUGCAUCUAUCAAAUUCACCACAUGCUUUCCAUUUUAAAGGAUUGUAUUUACCACUGCAGGAUAAAAUCUCCAUGGCAGAUUAUGAAAAGAAAAUCACUUUCCAAAUGGAAUGAUGGUACACAAUACAUUCUAAUAAUAAUUAAUAAAAAUAAAAUUCAUAACAUUAAAAAAAAUCGGUUUUGAUAGUUCACAUAAUCUAAGACUAAUCAUACGAAAUUUUAAAGAAUAUUUAAUUUGUUUUUGUCCUCAGAUUGAAAAACUAAUGUAUUAUAUAUGUAUUCAUUGCAUGUAUGUUGGCCAGAUUGCUGUUGGAAAAAUAAAGAUAAAAUCACCUGGCCUUUUUGAUUCCUCUUUAAUAAAUUCUGUGUAAAAACCCCCACCGUUGGCCUUUCCUUACCUACAGUGAAGGCCUCACUUUUCUGCAUUUACUCAGACCACCAACCCUUUCACUUUUAUUCAUAUGUCAUUUCCUCU